UUUCCCUCUCUUCUUUUCCCUUACCAUCCGGUGCUCAUCAAUCUGCAAUGCUCUGUUCAAUCAUUUUUAGGCCUUUUCAGCCUUCUUUUUCCUUUGGGUGGUGACUUGCUUCAGAAUACAGUUACUCCAGCAGAGAGCUUCUCCUGUCAUGCACACUGUUGUUCUUCCCCUCCUUUAUUUCCUUUCCACCCUCUGAAUCUAGUGCCCGAUUCUCGUUCCCACUUCGAAAGCUCCAAUUGUGUGCCUGCAUUGUAGUACGAGAGAUCAGCUCGUCUGGGGAAGAGGAAGAAACAGAGCAAGAAAGAGAUCGCCACAAUGCCGAUGGAGCAGGCCUUCAUGCACUGCGACAAGGACACCCUCAAGAUGGCCAUGCUCAAGCAUGAAGAGACCUUCAGGCAGCAGGUUCACGAUCUCCAUCGCCUGUACAGAAUUCAGAAGCUUCUGAUGCGGGACCUCAAGAGGGAGAUCAAGAGCCAGCAGAGCGACCUGUCCGCCUCCCCCAACGGCUCCCCGGGCGCCGAGUACGACCACCGCCGCAGGGCGAGCGCGCUCGACGCGUCCUCCUACGAGCAGCACUGGCAGUACGGCGCCACCCGCCGCGGCAGCCACGCGGCGGCGACUCCGCGCGCCGCGCAGCUGAGCCCGGAGGCGACCGACGACGAGGAGGCGGAGCUGGAGCUCACGCUCGCCGUGGGCAGCGGCGGCAAGAAGCGGUACAGCGACGGGCACUGCUCCCCCGGGGAGAGCUUCUCGUCGUCCACGACGGAGUCGGACACGCUCACGGGCGGCCAGGAGUGGCAGCAGGCGCAGGCGCAGCACCAGCUGGUCGGCACUGGCGCAGGCGCGGGCUCGCCGUACCACAAGCGGAGGCCGGCAGGGUUCGGCGCGGAGCAGGCGGUGGACGGCGGGGUGCAGCAGCCUUCUCCGCUGCUGUUCCACUGGCUCAGCCUACGGAUGGCGUGAAGCUAGCCAUGGAAUGGAAGGAAACCGACUGGCGUAGCUAGUGGCAGUCAGUUUGACUCCCUGUUUGUUGAGCUGUAGUAGGAGUAUUGCUAUGUUUCUGUGCUUCCAUCUUAGUCAUGGAUCAACCUAUCCAAAAAAAUAAUU